AUGGUUCUCGCCUCCGGAUACAAUAAUACAUUCACUCUGGAGUUCAAUCAAAUACACGAAGGUGGAGCCAUGUACAUAUCAUGCGGGAGUACGGAUAGUACUCCCAUGGAGCCGGAAACGGGCUAUGUCCCGAAUAAUCCUCUCUUCGGCAUGCCCCUCGACAGUCCCCAGGAAUGUCCAUCGUCCUGCGGUGGUAGUGGUUGUUCCAGCUGUCAGGAGAGCGCAGCAUCAUUGCCCCUGGCGGGACUGCACGGAUCAGAUUUCAUCGAUUGCGGAAACUGUCUGGACCACAGCGGCGGACUAAGCUCGCAAGGUAACCUCGGCAGCUACUGGAACGAGGACAUGAGCACGUUUCCCGGUCUUCCUCCGCUGGACAUCGAUCCGUUACCCAGUCUGUUCCCUUUCUCGCCCUGUGGUGCUUCGUACAAUAGACCCGAGCGACCGACGCACGACGUGGCGGACGUGCUGUUGUCCCUGAAGCACGCCGUUCUGAAGCAGAGCCCGGAUCCCCAGCCACUAGGCCAGGGCCAGAACUUUGGCACCCCGCAAGCGUCCCUCUCCUACACCGUGCACCCGCAGAUGCUGCUCUCCCCUGCCGGCCACCAUGGGCACGGGUCCCACUCGCACUACAACCAGAUGCCGUCGCAACCGGGCGGCCCGUACGGCGCCAACUACUACGACUCGUCCUGCGCACAACACUCGGCCCCGAUGUACCCGAGCAUGAGCGUCAACGUCAGCAUGAACAUGACGAUGCACGGGUACGGGGCGGACGCGUCCGUCCCGAUGCAGUGCUCCCAGAUGCAGUGGGGCGCCCAGAACGCCAGCUCCUCAGUGAACGUGCUCUACCCGCCCCUGCUCAGCCCCGUCCCGUACCCGCCCGGUGCGACGUACUCCUUCACGGCCGACUUCCGACCGCAAAGCCAACCGACGGCGGCAUCGACGGUGGCCGGGGGAGCUGGAACCGGUGGCGCCCUUUCGCCGCUCGGGCUCGAUUCGUCGGCUUCGGCGCGCAGCUCGGCCUCGUUGACGCCGCUGAAGCAACACCAGCAGCAACAUCAGCAGCAACAGCAACAGCAGGUGCACCAGCAACAACAGCAACACCAGCAGCAACAGCAUCAGCAGCAGCAGCAGCAGCAACAACAGCAACAGUAUUAUCACCACGCGCACCAUGCACACCAACAUUCGCACCAACAGCACCACCAUCAUCACAGUCACCAUCAUCAGUCGGCGGCGGCGGCGGCUGCGGCGGCUGUUGCGGCGGCUUCGUCGUUGGACUGUACGCCACCGAAGAGCACUACCCCGCCCGACUUUACCACCGCCGUUGAGGCGACGCCCACGUCGGCGGCUGCGGUGGCUGCUGCGGCGGCUGCCGCCACCGUAAGCUUCGCGGCCGCCCUCAAGAUGAAGGCCGAGAGUCGGUCGCUCGGCCUGGGGUACGGGGAGCCGGGCCACGGGGUGGCGGAGGGCCACGGUCAGCGCGGCAGCACGACCACGAUCGACGAGGACGAGGAAGAGGAUGGCAGUGGCAGCGGGAGCGACGGGACGGCCGGCGGCGACAACAAACCGAACCUGUGUCGGCUGUGCGGCAAAACGUACGCCCGGCCCAGCACGCUCAAGACGCACCUGAGGACGCACUCCGGCGAACGGCCGUACCGCUGUCCGGACUGCAACAAGAGCUUCUCGCAGGCGGCCAACCUGACCGCACACGUCCGCACGCACACGGGCCAGAAGCCGUUCCGGUGCCCGAUUUGUGAUAGGCGCUUCUCGCAAAGCUCCAGUGUUACUACGCACAUGCGAACGCACUCCGGCGAACGCCCGUACCGGUGUCGGGCGUGCAAGAAGGCGUUCUCCGACAGCUCCACGCUGACCAAGCACCUGCGGAUACACAGCGGCGAAAAACCCUACCAGUGCAAGCUCUGUCUGCUGCGAUUUUCCCAGUCCGGCAACCUGAACCGCCACAUGCGUGUCCAUGGCAACAACGGGCAGGCACUGAUCACUUGACACCAAAAAGCAGCGCAUCUUCCAUCUUCCACUUCCGGUGGCCAUGCCGUGAUCCUCGCACAGCAUCCUCGCCCACCGUCCCAGUACCAUCGCCAUCAUCCGUACGCGUCCUACCAGCAACAACACCAGCAGCAAUCGCUAUCAGCGUCAC